UUUGAACCAGAACUUUCCAACACAACCACGCCUACAGUUUAGUUUCGACGUUUCCAUAGUUUUCAUUGCUUUGGACACGAAUGCCUAUGUGCUGUACCAAAGUUUCUGUCCUCACCCACAUUAUGCUCCAUUCGUGAGCGUUUCAAUGAUCCCUUUCCCAAGCAAGCUGAAUCGAGGGGAUCGCAUUAGUGAUCAUUCCUUGGGGGGUGUUUCUUCAGAGAGGGUUGGAGAAGCAUGACUGUGUAGCGAGAUUUGAGAAGUCAGAAGAAAUCCUUCUCGAGGAACUGUGCCCGACGAGUGUCGAACGCACAAGAGCUAGCGGAUGCGUCAGGAAUGGGUGGAGGAAUGGUCAUGGAGGUGGAUGUUGCGAUAGUAGGAGGUGGGAUGGCAGGGUUGGCUCUGGCGGUGGCCUUACAAGAGAGGGGUAUUCAGGCUCACGUGUUUGAAAAAGCGCCCGCGAAACGGAAACACUUCGGUACAGGAAUGAGCAUCGGACAAAAUGGCAUUCGAGCACUGGAAGGAAUCAAGCCAGGAUUGAGCGAAAAGAUGGAAUCUCUGGGUCAACGAACGAGACAGUUCACCACUACUAUUCGGCAGCCAGGUGAACCUGAGAUCAAGAUUUCCCCAUCGUCACAACUUGUAGCGUCAGAGAGGAUGUUUACAAUCACAUGGAAGUCCGCAUGCGACUCUCUUUUAGACUCGUUGAUUGACUCUGACAAAGUGCAUAGGAGGCACACACUUAUCGACUACAAGCCUGUCGAGGAUGGUGUGGAGGCGCUCUUCGAAGUGCAGGUUGAUGAAGCCUCUGGACUCUCUACCGCGGAGACUAAAGUGACAGCCAAGCUGUUAGUGGGAGCCGAUGGUGUUUGGUCUCGGGUGCGAGAGCUCAUGGUGGGCGAUGAGCCUCGGAACCUCAAUCUCGUCACGUGGUUGGGCAUAGUACCCACUGAUAUCGCGAGGUCAAUGCAACUUCACCAGGACGAUGAAAUCAGCUUCAUCUCAUAUCCUUCUAAGCGGACGGGCAUAAUUACGUGCCAUUGCGGCUCUGGACAAAGCCUCUGGCAUUUCCGCAUUCCUGACGAGAGUGGUGAACUCAUGAAAUCUUUCACUUCGGAUUUCCACGACCACGGUCAAGAGGCACGAAAAAUGCGUGUUCUCAAGCGGAUAGAAGCUAUGAAAGAAUUGCAGAAUAUGAAGACAGUAAUCGAGCGCACAGAAAGUUCUGUGAUUCGUGAGGAUAGAAAUUUCGAUCGGUUGCCGUUGAGCAGUUGGAGCGACCCAAGUGGUCACGUCGUGCUUUUAGGAGACGCUGCCCAUGGGAUGUAUCCUGGACCUGGAAUGGGCGCUAGGGUGGCCUUCGAGGACGCACAUCAACUAGCCCUACUUCUUCACGAAGCCUUUUCCAGUCCAACUCCGGCAACCGCGGUGCCAGCCGCAAUCAAAAGAUACGAGCAUCUGCGUAUACCACGAUGCACUGCGUUGCAAGGAUUCGCAGCAGAGCUGACAACCUGGCCGGCUAUGAUUCCGGAGCUUUUGCAGAGCUUGUCUCCAGAGCAGAAAGCGCAGAGAGUUGAGGAGUUCUUCCGAUGGAUCAACAAGUAUCCUGCCGCCAUGGCUGGAGAUCCAGACUCCAGCUUCUGGAAACCGGAGCAAGUCACAGGAAUGUGAAUUCCUUGAAUAUAUAUAUAUAUAUAUAUAUCUAUAUAUAUAGUAUUUUUUUUAAAAAAUAAAAUCAACACCAUAAAAAGUCAAUACCAUAAAAGUCAUCAAAUGUUAUUUUUAUUAUCACAUGUUCAUAGAUUUGUGGUUGCUUUUUUUGGUUGAAAACUUUGAAUAUAACUAAAUCUAUCUUUUAAUUUA